ACACGCUGGCUACAGUGGCUAGCUUAAUGUACUUUGAAAGUUAACUAUGGGUACGUGGUAGGUACCUUAUGGUUUGUUUCCCUACGUUAAUGAGUUUCAAACUUUAUAAAGAUAAUAAGUAAAGGUCAGCGGGACACUCAGGAUGCUUCCUCGCAGGCAGGAGCUCGGGAUAAAACGUCCCGGAGGAGGACGCAGCAGCUCGGUUAUAAACUUUAGGACGACCGUGAGCUCGGGUUCGGUCCGCCGCAGCUCCGCCGUUUUACCGUCUCUGCUCACGUUCCUGGUGAUCGUGGCGUCCGGGGGCCUGCUGCUCAUGAUAGAGAAAGGACUGCUGAACGGUGUGGAGACGCCUCCACCGCGGGGGAACAGCGGCCGGCGGAUGGAGCUCCUCCGGCGGGAGGACGGGAGGCACAGCCCGGCCGCUGAGGACGUGGACUCCCAGAUCAUCCAGGAGAUCCGAAACAGGACCAUCAGGACCGUGUGCAGCCAGAAGAACAUGCCGCACAACAUCUGGACCCUGAGCCCGCUGCAAAGGAAGACGCUGCUGCAGCACGUCUUAGUCAACGACAAGCACCGCUUCCUGUACUGCUACGUGCCCAAAGUGGCGUGCUCCAACUGGAAGCGGGUCCUGAAGGUCCUGAGCGGCGCUCUCGAGAGCGUGGACGUCAACAUCAAGAUGGACCACCGCAGCGACCUGCUGUUCCUGUCCGCUCUGAAACCCGACGAGAUCCGCUACCGCCUGGAACACUACUUCAAGUUCAUGUUUGUGCGCGAGCCCAUGGAGCGGCUGCUGUCGGCGUACAGGAACAAGUUCGGAGAGAUUGUGUCGUACCAGAGGAAGUACGGCGUGGAGAUCGUAAAGCGGUACAGGAAAGGCCGCGUGAAAGACGCCUCUGUAACCGGAGACGACGUGACCUUUGCAGAGUUUGUCCGUUACCUGCUGGACGAGGACGUGGAGCGGAUGAACGAGCACUGGAUGCCCAUCUACAACCUGUGCCAACCCUGCGCCGUCUCCUACGACUUCAUCGGCUCCUACGAGCAGCUCCACAGCGACUCAGAGUUUGUGCUGCAACGAAUCGGAGCGCCCCCUUCUGUUCACUUCCCAGAGAGACAGACGUGGUACAAACCGGUCACCACGGAGACGUUACACUACUACCUGUGCAGCUUGCCUCAGAAACUGCUGAGGGAACUGCUGCCCAAAUAUAUUUUAGACUUUUCCCUCUUCACGUAUCCUCUCCCCAACACGACCACUCAACACUGUCGCCAUUAAACGUGCAAAUCCUUUAGAGAGCGCAGAUUAUUUUUUAUAGAGAAUCAUUUGUACUAUUUUUUAUUCUUAGAGAACAAGCAGUGUUUUUAUAGCUGUUACAUAUUUUCACCUGAUGUUUUAAAUAUUAUUGGAAAAUGCAGAUUUUUUUUCUUUUUGAAGAGAUGAAAGUUUACUUAGAAACCACUAAAAGCUUGAGAUGAGCUGCGGAUGACAGGAAACAAAAAGCAUGUCAAUCACAGAGAUGCACUGUCUGUUACUGAUCAAACAUGUGGAUCAGGUGUCCCCCGGACCGGUCGAUUCAAAUCUAUUUGUACUUCUAUGUGAGCUGAACGCCAUGAAGCCCGGAGCUCACUGAGCGCUUAUUUUCAACAAGGAAGAUUCAACCUGC